CCUUUUGGUUUGAAGCAUUGUGUGCGCGAAGCUUUUCAAGGGCUUGAAUCUCGUUUGAUAUGCAUGUGUGCCGAACCUGAUAGAUGUUUAAAAAAAUUCUGUAUUUUCCCUAGAGUUGUUUUGUAAUAGUAAAUAAAUAAACGACACAAAUUUCUUGUACCAUUGCGGACUGUCUACCAUUCACGCAAAAUAAUUAUUGAUCAGAUUUUUUUUGGAAAAUUGAAAUAUUAGCUCUGUGAGAAGCGUGCAUAUUUUUACCACCGGUCAACAAUGGGAGAUAUAGGAGUCUUUAUGCGCGGUCGUGCUUCCAGAAGUGCGCCGGAAGUACCGAUGACUUUGCAAGAGGUGCGUGAGGCGAUGACUGAGUUCUGGCAGGAGCACUCACAGGAGGCGUCCCUUCAGGAGAUGAUGUUGGACACGAACGCCCAUCAGCUGACCAAGCAUGAGCUCCCAGAGAUACUCUCCUACCUUCCAAGCUAUGCGGGAAAGGACAUAGUAGAGCUGGGAGCCGGGAUAGGGAGAUUUACCACAGCCCUUGCUCAGUGGGCCAAUCACGUGGUCGCUGUGGACUUUAUGGAGAAGUUCCUUAACAAGAACCGAGAGCUUAACGGACAUCAGAAGAACAUUGAGUUUAUAUGUGAGGAUGUGACCAAGUUGACACUUGAAAAUAACAGCUGUGACCUGGUCUUCUCCAACUGGCUCAUUAUGUACUUGGAAGAUGAGGAAGUCCGCAGUCUGAUCCGCAAAAAACUGGAGUGGAUCCGGGAAGGCGGCUACUUGUUUGCCCGGGAGUCCUGCAACAACCCUUCAGGAAAUAUAAAGCGCAGCAAGAACCCAACAAAGUAUCGUGACCCAUGUACUUACAUGGCGAUAUUUAGCAUGACCACAAUUCCAAGUGAUGUCGAUGGAGAAGUGUUUGGAUUUGAGCUCGUGCUGUCAAGACCUGUCAGCUCGUAUGUCAAAAUGAAGCAAAACCACAAUCAAGUUAUCUGGCUUCUGCAAAAGCUUCGUAGAAAAGCCAGCGCAGACAACAGCACCUCUGGCACAAUUCAAGAGUUCCUGGACAAUCAGCAGUAUUCACUCAAUGGAAUCCUCCGAUACGAGAAAGUGUUCGGUCAUACGUUUGUAAGCACAGGAGGGAUCGAAACAACACGGGACUUUGUCUCGAGGCUUGACCUCCAACCAGGCCAGUUAGUAUUAGAUGUAGGCUGUGGAAUAGGCGGAAGUGCUUUCUACAUGGUCAAGGAGUUCGGUGUUCAAGUCGUGGCCAUUGAUCUCUCUACAAACAUGAUCAGCCUGGUUAGACAAAGGGCACAUGAAGUAGGGGUCAAUGAUAAUGAGGUACAGUUUGAGAUUGCUGACGCAACAAAACGAGAUUACACACCAGAGACGUUUGACGUGAUCUAUAGUCGGGACACUGUUCUACACAUUCAGGACAAGCUGUCUCUAUUCAAGCAAUUCUAUAAAUGGUUAAAGCCUGGAGGGAAGUUGUUCAUCACUGACUACUGCUGCAGCGACGAUGACCAUAGCAACAAGUUCAAAGCCUACGUGAGACAGAGAAAUUACAAUCUACUAUCACCCGCCAAGUAUGGCGAGGUUAUAACAGCAGCUGGGUUCUCUACAGUUGACGCCCGUGAUAGGACAGACUUGUUAGUGGAAUGCCUCGAGAAGGAACUCAUACACCUCCAGUCUAUCCAGGAAGAGUUUGUCCAGGAAUUUUCACAAAGCGACUACGACUACUUAGUGAAUGGGUGGAAGGAUAAGCUGGGACGAACAGAAGACCAGAGGUGGGGGGUGUUCUAUGCAGAGAAAAAUUGAGGAGAGAAACUAUGAUUUAAGAUUGACCGGGAAAGUGACUAAGUAGCAAUGUGUGAUGGAAAUAAAAUCAUGUAAUUAAGUGAUCCAUUUACUUAUAAUUAUCUGAACUUAUUGCCAUUUGUCACAGGUAGAUGGGUAAUUCAGUUGAUGGUUUAUAUUUAAAGGGUAAGGACAUGGUUGUUAUGUUCAGUUUGAUGCAUGUCAAAUGCUUUAUAUUUUAGGGUAAAAAACAUGGUUGUUAUGUUCAAUUUGAUGUAUGUCAAAUGCUUUAUAUUUUUGGGUAAAAAACAUGGUUGUUAUGUUCAAUUUGAUGUAUGUCAAAUGCUUUAUAUUUUAAGGUAAAGAACAUGGUUGUUAUGUUCAAUUUGAUGUAUGUAAAAUGCUGUAUAUUUUAGGGUAAAGAACAUGGUUGUUAUGUUCAAUUUGAUGUAUGCCAAAUGCUUUAUAUUUUAGGGUAAAGAACAUGGUUGUUGUGUUCAAUUUGAUGUACUAGUAUGUCAAAGGCUUUAUAUUUUAGGGUAAAGAACAUGGUUGUUAUGUUCAAUUUGAUGUAUGUCAAAUGCUUUAUAUUUUAGUGUAAAGGACAUGGUUCUUAUGUUCAAUUUGAUGUAUGUCAAAGUCUUGGACAAACAACAUUGGACAAAAAAACGGAAGAGCUCUUAUUGUCCCCUACCGGUGAAACCGGAAGGGACUUACGGUUUGCGCUCCGUGUGUCAGUCUGUCUGUCACAGAUGGCAAUAUGGAGAUUGUGCAUGUCAAUUCAUUUUGUUCCUACGUCAAAAAUUGUGGUUGCUAUGGCAACAAAUGUAAAAAUUGACAAUGAUGGAGUUUCACCGGUAGGGGACCAUAUUGCUUGGCAAUCUCGUGUUGUUUUACUUGCUAUUUGUCAAUUAAUCUAAUUAAAAAGAGAUGAUUAUUGUGAUAAUAAUGAUGAUGAAUAAACAUUAUAUACACAUGUAAUAAAUAAAAACAGGGUAUCUUGAUAACGUCAGGUUUUUAUAUUAAAUAUUUUCCAAAUUAGUUGUUGGUUUUAAUAAAGCCAUUUUGUUAAAAUGUGUUACAAAAUGAAUCAAAUAAAUGAUUUGUUGGUGUGUUUUUUGCACAAAGUGCAUACGUUAUUAUUGUCUUUCAGGUUAAGGACAUAUCAUUUAUAAUAAUUUUCUUUUGUUUUUUGAUAUGUUGCAUUGUACAUUACACUAGAGUAUAUCUUAAAAAUUAGCCAUGUUUAUGUUCAUAGAUUAAGAGUCCCCUGUAUAAUGUUUUGAUGCUUUAUUUAUGUAGAAGAUUUAUAUAUUUAUUAUAUGGACCAUGCUCUGUGAAAAGGAGGCUUAAUGUAUAUUGCUUUCAUGAAAGUGUGGGUAAAUUUUGUUAUAAUCUGUUAUGGAUUUGUACUGUGAUUAUUUAUUGUUUUAUUAAGGACAUAUAUUUAUGCCCAAAACUGCCAUUAUUUUUAAUUCAAACCAUCAGUAUUAAGAUGUGUUAUAUUACUGGCUGUUGAAAGAACUAUAAUGCUUUAUACGUGAUAUGAUCAAUGUGCAUAUUCAUGUAUAUCAUAUCUAAUUUAAGAUCACUGAUGUCUGUUGUAAGUGUUUUGAUAUAAAGAUGAAAUAAAAAUGUGGUCGAAAUAUUA